UUGAAAUGAAUAAACUGAAAAAAGGAAAAACCAGGCAUGCUGAUAACCCACAACAGAACAUGAUGAUCAAAAUACCAUAGAUCUCUCUCUAUUCCUUGCUAAAGUAAAAGGCUUUGCAACCAACAACAGAAACAACACACACAAUCAAAAUCCAGAAGAAUAAAAAAGUUCAUUUCUUUACAUCUUCCAUUACCUUUGCAAUGUUUGUCUUUGAGUGAACCAGACAAAAUCUUUCCUCACUCACUCUUCUCAUUACCAUCUCUCUCUCUCUCUCUCUGUUACAUCUCUUUCAGCCAGCAUGUCACUGCAAGUCAAGUUAUUUUCUUGGUCCAACAAGAGUAAAUCAGUAAUUUUUCACCUUUUCCCUUGAAGGGUAUUUCUUCAAAGUAACUAAAUAAACUUCCUUUGUUGUUUUCUAUUGGUUACAACUAUCUGCAUUUGUGUCUCUUUUUGUAUUGUUUUUUUGUGUGCUUCUUUUUCUACCCUUUGGUGUUUGCAUUUUCAUUCUGAAAGAUGAGGAAACAUGGAUGGCAGUUACCUUACCAUCCUCUUCAGGUGGUUGCUAUUGCUGUUUUCUUGGCUCUUGGAUUUGCAUUUUAUGUGUUCUUUGCUCCUUUUGUUGGGAAGAAGAUUUAUCAGUAUAUUGUUACAGGACUCUACACACCUCUGAUUACUUGUGUGUUUGGACUAUACAUUUGGUGUGCUGCGGCCGAUCCAGCAGAUCCAGGUGUUUUUAAGUCCAAAAAGUAUCUUAAAAUUCCAGACAGCAAAAAGCGUGGUGGACUCAAAGAUUCUAAACUAGGAGGAGAAUCAAAUUCCUCGGUGAAUGAUGGAAAUGCUUCAACAGUUGGACCAAAAUCUGUGGAUAAGGAAGCAUUGGGAACCGAAGCAACUUUAAAAGAUGCAUCUAGUUCAAUAGAGAAUAAGAUUGCACCGUCGCCUUCUUCAUCCUGUUUUCUGUGGCUUUUCUCUCCUUGUGCUUAUGUAUGCGGCUGCUCUAGUUCACAUGAUAACUCUUCUGAUCAACAAGCAAGUGAAGAUGGCAUGUUCUACUGCAGUUUGUGUGAAGUUGAGGUCUUCAAGUACAGCAAGCAUUGUAGAGUUUGUGACAAGUGUGUUGAUAACUUUGAUCAUCAUUGCAGAUGGCUUAACAAUUGUAUUGGGAAAAGGAACUACCGAAAUUUUUUCACCCUUAUGGUUGCUGCUCUUCUCUUGCUUAUUCUUCAAUGGUUGACUGGGAUAGUUGUGCUUAUCUGCUGUUUUCUCAAGAGGAAGGAAUUUUCCGUCGAUGUAUCCUCCAAGUUGGGGAGCAGUUUCUCUCUGGUUCCCUUUGUUAUUGUGGUGGCAGUCUGCACCAUGUUGGCUAUGAUUGCUACCUUACCCCUUGUUCAGCUUUUCUUCUUUCAUAUUCUUCUCAUAAAAAAGGGAAUCAGCACAUAUGAUUACAUCAUAGCUUUGAGGGAGCAGGAUCAGCAAGGAAUUGGAGGUCAGCAGAGUCCCCAAAUGUCACCUGUUAGCUCAAUUACUGGACUAAGCAGUGCAAGCUCCUUUACUACUUUCCGCCGUGGUGCAUGGUGCACACCUCCCCGCAUGUUCGUUGAAGAUCAGUAUGACGUCGUGCCUCCAGAAACAGCUUCUGUAAGUUCGUUUGGAAAGAAGACUAUAAGAGAAGAACCGGUUAAGAAAAAGAAUCCCGGAGCAGUCAAAAUUAGUCCGUGGACAUUGGCACGAUUAAAUGCAGAAGAGGUUUCCAGGGCAGCCGCAGAAGCAAGAAAAAAAUCGAAAAUUCUGCAGCCUGUGGUGAGACAUAACAAUGAGCCAUUCAUGCUAGAAGCAGAUCAUAACUCCGGAAGCAGCGGACGACGAAUGGCCCCGAGGAGGCCAGGUAAACGUGUUCGCUUACCAGCUGACUUGCCGAUGGAGGCCUUAACAAAAUAUUCAUCCGGUAAUAUGAACAAAGGCUUCGAUAGAAUGUCAAAUCUAGCGCCUCUACAGCUUGAAGCGCGAACAAGUCAAGCAGUAUCAAGCUCAGGUGGGAUUGUUGCAUCAUCUCCAGAAAGCAGUUUAGACUCUCCCGAUAUCCACCCGUUUUGCAUGCCUCCUGUUGAAGGCGAAUCAGCAAGACGGGUUGCCGCAGGUCUUUCCAUCGCUGGUUCGGCGAGUCUGAAGGGAUUUCCGUUGUCGAGGUCUACUAGCGAUGGUUAUGAUGCCUCCGGUGGAGAAGAUAGUGACAGGGUUCCUACAAGGUUUGUUCAUAGAAACACAACUAAUUGGAGUAAUCUUCUUUUCAAUGCUGAUCAUGAUGAGAGAGGUUUUGAGCCAAAAUCUUCAUCUAAUAUGGCUCAUAAUAGAAAAUUGUGACCAAAUUGAGGUGUUAAUUUCACAACUAUGUUUCAGAUUCUAUUAUUGGGAAUUGUUCAUUCUUUGAUUUGAGUCCAAAGGAAUUGCUUGGCUCAGUUGAGACCAAUGUACAAAGUUUUAGGUCACAGUAACUGAUGAAAUGAGCUUGAGCUUCUUAAUAUGUUAUUUUGUGCAAACCCUAUUUUCUUUGAUCAAAUUUUCAUCAUAGUA